UGUGUAAUUUCUAAAAAAAAAGAAAAAAAACCAAAUUGAAAAUAUUGGAGCGAAGUAUAUGAUUUUGAAUGAAUGGUUAGAGAGGUUUGGAGCAAAUACAGAAAUGGUAGGGCGGGUGCGAGGAGCAGCCAAAGAGUCGCUGGUAGAUAUGGAGGAUUUGUUUACCAAAACCCAAAUAGAAGAGAUGAGAGUGUCUCUUCUGGGGUGGUACGGCCUGAAUCGCAGAGACCUUCCAUGGCGAUUGGCUGAGGAUGACAUUGAGAAGAGAGCUUACAGAGUUUGGGUCUCUGAAGUUAUGCUACAACAGACCAGGGUUCAAACCGUCAUUGACUAUUUCAAUCGCUGGAUCCUCAAAUGGCCCACAUUACACCACCUUUCUCAGGCUUCGAUUGAGGAGGUUAACGAGAUGUGGGCAGGUCUCGGCUACUACAGACGAGCACGCUUUCUUCUAGAGGGAGCAAAGAUGAUUGUUGAAGAAGGAGGUGUGUUUCCAAAAACAGUAACUUCACUGCGAAAAGUACGGGGAAUUGGAGAGUAUACGGCUGGAGCAAUUGCUUCAAUAGCAUUUAAAGAGGUUGUUCCAGUUGUCGACGGCAAUGUAGUUAGAGUCAUCGCUAGGCUAAAGGCUAUUUCUGCUAACCCCAAAGACUCUCUCACUGUCAAGAGAUUUUGGGAACUAGCUGCUCAACUAGUUGAUCCUUUCGAGCCUGGAGACUUCAAUCAGGGUCUAAUGGAACUUGGUGCAACUGUAUGCACUCCAACAAAUCCAAGCUGUUCUUCAUGUCCUGUCUCAGAUCAUUGUCGUGCACUUUCAAACUCCAGAAGUGAUAGUUCAUUGCAUGUUACAGAUUAUCCUAUGAAGGGGAUAAAGAUCAAACAGAGACAUGAUUUUUCAGCUGUAUGUGUUCUGGAGAUUGUGCAAGAUGAGGAUAUGUCGGACUCGGACAUACACCUAUCAGACAGUGAAUUCAUUCUUGUAAAGAGGCCUGAUGAAGGUUUGCUUGCUGGUCUCUGGGAGUUCCCAUCUGUCCUGCUGGAGGGAGAAGCAAACUUGGUGACUAGGAGAAAAAUGAUUAAUCAAUAUUUAAGAAACAAUUUUGGACUUGACAUCAGAAAGAGCUGUAAAGUUGUUCUCAGGGAACAUGUUGGAGAAUUUGUCCAUAUUUUCUCACACAUUCGCCUCAAAAUAUAUGCAGAAUUGUUGGUGAUACAUCUUAAAGGUGGGAUGAAGGAUGUGCUUCGGAAGCAGGAGAGAGAAGCUCUGCAUUGGAAAUCUGUGGACAAAAAUGGCAUAACAAACAUGGGACUGACAUCUAGUGUAAGAAAGGUUUACACAAUGGUUCAGAAAUUUAAGAAGCAAAAGUUUGCCACUAAUCCAGCCCCCUCUGGAAAAAGAAUCAAAAGAAGUAUCCAAAGGAAUUAGAACUUUAGAAUGUAGUAAAAGUAGACUAAACAGAGGUAAGUGAGAAAUCCAAAUCUUUGGAUACAUAUAAUUUUAGUCUUUUUCGACAAGUUACUGAGUUUAUUUGUAGCUUUAUUUUAUCUGGGCCAAUGCAAAUUAUUGUAAUUUAUUUUGAGAACAGAAAAGUAAUUAAUAUGAAACCGUUUCCAUGGGGUGGACCAAUGCUCUUCCCAAGUCUAA